GUUCGUGUAGGUUUCACUAGUUGUACAAAAAAACACAGAUUCAAAAAAGGAAUACAUUUUUUUUUUUUAUUUUCUACGGCUUUUGCACAUCAUGGACUUCCCGAUUAAUAUAAUUUCGGCUAGUGCUUUCGGUUCUUUUGGCGACAUAUAUAGGUUCGAGGAUGGCAGCGGAAAUGCGAGUGGUCCAUUUUUAUUUGGCAGAAGCAGCUACUGUGGAUUCGGCAGAGUUCAAGGUCAAGGGCUAGACCAGAACGAAACUGAAGAAGGCGGCGUUGGUGGACAUCGUGACAUGGGUAGACGCCACAGUGUGACCACAAUGGUCAUAAUAUUGAGCUCGAGGUCAAGUCGUUUCGGGUUAGCCGAAAUGAACAUAAAUGUGGUUCAGCCAUCGGUGGAUAUUGGUGAACAGCGACAACAAUAAUAUCAUCAACAACAGACUGGCAUAUCCGUGAGCUUCAGUAUGUUAUUGGCCAGGAGUUUGA